AAAAUACAUUUUCCACGUUAUGGAUGAUACCAACAAUUCAUCCUCGGCUGCAUUUCAAGUAGCAGGAAGCAAACAAGUAAUGGAUGUCGCGCCUACCAACAAGUCACCAUCUUAUGUUAAGCUUUUAAUUAAAGCAUCCAAUCAGCAAUAUGAUGAUCAAAUCAUAGAAAGUGAUCUAUCAUGGACGGUGAAGAGAUUAAAGUCCCAUUUGGCUUUGGUGUAUCCUAGUAAACCGCCUGCCGCCGAUCAAAAAUUAAUAUACUCUGGUCAAUUGUUGAACGAUAAUCUGCAAUUGAAAGAUGUUAUACGCAGCUACAAAGACGUUUAUACUCACAAUCAUAUAAUUCACUUGGUUUACACUCCUAAAAAUUUACCUCCUGUCUCUUCGUCAGCAGCUAAAGCAAAAUCAAAAUCAACGUCAUCAAUUUCAGCAGGCGCUAGCAGCAUGUCAUCAGAUGAUGGUCUACGUCAAAGGCAUGCGACCGCAAGUGCCGUUAACGCAUCCACGGCAGUAAAUAAUCAAAAUGGGGGCCCAAAUGCUGGUAAUCCCAUGGGUUAUUAUUCUCAAUAUUUGCCGCAAACAGCAGUUUCAAGUGGUGGAGCUGACCCUCCAUUAACAGUUCCUGGUUACAGCCAGUUCAACAUGCAAGCAUUAGCAAUGCAACAAGCUGCAAUGUACACCUGGAUGCAACAGGUCUAUUCCCAAUACAUGGAACAGUGUUUAAGAGUGUAUGAUACUAAUAGUACAGGAGCUGCGGGAACAUUACUGCAGCCUUUUUCAACAUUCCCACAAAACCCUUUUCUGCCCCAAUUCCCACAAACUGUGAUAUCAAAUGUGGCUCUACCCGCCACACCGACAGCAAAUACUGCUACGGAGCACCAACAACCAGCACAGGAGCCAGAACAGCAACCAGCGCAGGCGCAAGUUGCAGCACCCCGUUUUCCAAAUAUGCCUCAAGAAGAAGCCGAUAACAGAGAUUGGUUGGACAAUAUAUUUUCAAUAACUCGGUUGGCCUUAUUUUUGACAAUAUUGUAUUUUAAUUCCUCGCCACUACGUUGUUUGGCUGUGGUGAUCAUAGCAGGUGGCAUAUACCUGUACCACAUUGGUGUUUUCCGUUUACGUCAUGAACGGAAUAAUAACAAUUUAAACCGUAACAACAAUGCUGUUCAAAAUGCUGCAGUCGAUCAAAUUAGACAAGGGGUUAAUCAACAGCAACCCCAAGCAGAACAGCCAAAUGAUGCACCUGAAAAUAAUGUCGCUGCUCCAGCCCCAGCAGGCAAUAACAAUGAGCCACCAACCAAUGCUGCUAAUUCAAAUGCCGCUGUUGGAAGUGAAAAUGUUGCUAACGAAAACAAUGAAUCGAUGAUUUCCACACUACGCACAUUUGUUGUGACAUUUUUCACUUCCUUGCUGCCUGAAACACCAGCCAUAUAAGUGUAAAUGUCA